GAUCGCUUGAUUGUCGAAUACUAUUUCAGUGUAAAACAUUCGUUAAACGUUUCGAAAAUAUAAAGUGAAAUGUCGUCGAAUUAUAUAGAUAUGCUAGUCGAUAUGGGCUUCAGCGUAUCUAGAGCGGAAAAAGCUUUAGAAAUUACUGGAAAUAAAGGAGUUGUUCCGGCAAUGGAAUGGCUCUUGGAUCAUUCAAAUGAUGCUGAACCAUCAUCUGAACCAUCUAUUGCUGAAAGUGCACCGUCGUCUAUCGUUCAAACACCAGACCAAGAAAACACGGCCGAUGCCAGUGGUCAAGUGUCUACUACUGAAGUUGCUAAAUCUAUGAAAUGUGAUAUUUGUGGAAAAUUGUUUAAAUCUAAUUUGGAAGUUGAAUUCCAUGCAACAAAGUCUGGACAUGAUAGGUUCUCUGAGAGCACAGAAGAAAAAAAACCUCUUUCAGAAGAGGAAAAAAAAGAACAAUUACGGAUACUAACAGAAAAAUUAAAACAAAAAAAUAAAGAACGAGAAGAACAAGAAAAGAAGGAUGCACAAGAAAGGGAAAAAAAUAGAAUAAAAUCGGGAAAAGAGAUGGCUCAAGCUAGAAGAAAAUUGGAAGAGUUAGAGAUGAAAAAGUUGUUGGAAGAAAGGAAACGUGAGAAAGAAGAAGAAAAAUUAGCACGUCAAAAGGUUAGAGAACAAAUUGAAGCUGAUAAAGCUGCUAGACGAGCAAAAGCUAAUAUUGAAAAAGUAUCAAUAGAAUCUGUUCCUGCACCUUCAUCCUCUACUUAUAGAAAAGAAUAUAAUGAUACAAAAUUACAGAUUAGGCUUACUGAUGGACAAACAUUAACACAAAAUUUUGGAAGUAAAGAAAAGCUGGCUGCUGUUAGAUUAUUUAUAGAAAUUAAUAGGACAGAUGAACCUGGUCCAUUUAAUUUAAUGACAAAUUUUCCAAAGAAAAUUUUCACAGAAGAUGAUUAUGAAGCUCCACUAAAUGCCUUAGGCCUAACACCAUCUGCGGUUUUAAUAGUUCAGAAGAAAGUGGAAUGAUUUUAAUAAAUAUCAGUUCUUAUGACAUGUCAGUAAUAUGACUUUUAAAAUAUUCUACAAAUUGUUUACAAGAAGGCAACAUUUUAAAAC